AUGGCAGAAGGGGUUUGUAGGACCGAUGAGGAUGAGGGUCCCAGCACCGAGGAGGAUUCACAGUCGUUCCACGGACUCGGCGUGUGUAAAUGGUUCAACGUCCGCAUGGGCUUCGGCUUUCUGUCCAUGACCAACAGAGAAGGGCUCCCGCUGGACGAACCGGUUGAUGUCUUCGUACAUCAGAGCAAGUUGCACAUGGAAGGCUUCCGCAGCUUGAAGGAGGGCGAGGCCGUCGAGUUCACCUUUAAGAAGUCGUCCAAGGGUCUGGAGUCGCAGAGGGUGACGGGACCAGGGGGCAUCCACUGUCUGGGGAGCGAGCGGCGACCCAAAGGCAAGAAAGUGCAGAAACGACGAUCUAAAGGCGACCGGUGCUACAACUGUGGUGGGCUGGACCACCACGCCAAAGAGUGCAAGUUGCCCCCGCAGCCCAAGAAGUGCCAUUUCUGCCAGAGCAUCGAGCACAUGGUCGCCCACUGCCCAAUCAAAGCACAGCAGUCCUCACCGGGUUCUCAGGGAAAUGCGUCGUCGGUGAAAGGAGACGAGGAGGAGCACAGCUACCUGGCGCCGCCCCCCGAAAGCUGCGACUAA